AGUUCACAUUAUGGGGUUCGAUGUGAACCGCUUUCAGGGCGGAGUAGAUGAGGAACUUGUUUGCCCGAUAUGCUCCGGUGUCCUGGAAGAUCCUGUCCAGGCACCUGUAUGCGAACAUGCCUUUUGUCGUACAUGCAUUAAUGAAUGGAUAAAUAGACAACCUACCUGUCCAUUGGAUCGUACACCAAUCACAUCAGCUCAACUAAGAGCAGUUCCAAGAAUUCUACGAAACCUGUUGGCCCGCCUUUGUAUUAGUUGUGAUAACAUUACUUAUGGAUGUCAAGUAAUAGUCAAGCUUGACAGUUUAGUGUCACAUUUGGAGCAAUGCGAAUACAAUCCCAAGAGACCGAUGCUUUGUGAGCAAGGAUGUAGCCUUAUUAUCCCUAAAAAUGAGUUGAAAGAUCACAAUUGUGUGAGAGAAUUGAGAAACAUCAUAAUUUCACAGCAACAGAAACUUGCCGACAUGAAACGUGAAUUAGGUGAACAACAACUUCAAAUAAACGAGCACAAGAGGGAAUUACAUCUGUUAAAAGACUUUAUGAGAGCUUUAAGAGUUUCAAAUCCUGCAAUGCGGGCUAUUGCUGAUCAAAUGGAGAGAGACGAAGUUGUAAGAUGGGCUGCUACCCUUCCCAGAGCAAGAGUAACUAGAUGGGGAGGAAUGAUCUCCACUCCUGACGCGUCGUUGCAGACAAUGAUAAAGAGAACUUUGUCAGAAUACAAUUGUCCACCUCAUGUAAUUGGCGAGUUAAUGGAAAAUUGCCAUGAAAGGAAAUGGCCUCCAGGUUUAAAUUCUCUGGAAACCAGACAAAAUUCUAGAAGGCAAUAUGACAAUUAUGUUUGCAAAAGAGUCCCUGGUAAACAAGCAGUGUUAGUUCUUUAUUGCGAUAAUACACACAUGCCAGAAGAUAUGAUGGUUGAACCUGGAUUAGUGAUGAUUUUUGCACAUGGCAUAGAAUAA